GCAGCGUCGAGAAGAGCUGAAGAGAGUCCAUGACAUGUGGUCCAAGCAGCGUGUCGUUUUUGUCCGAUCCAAAUGGCGCCCUGAGGACCCUGGCAUCGUUCUCUAGAGACGCCGUAGAUGAUAUUAUUCACUGUCGAACAGCUGGAACUCAUACGACGUUUACGAAGUACUGGUAUCUCGCCUGCUCAAGUUGCAGAGGCAUUCCGACAACUCGAGCAGGUCGACAACUCACUCGAUGUGCCGCCACCACAAACAUCAAUAUUAUCAAGUUUGAUGACAUCGCUGGAAGCACAGCAACAGACGCAACAAGUGGAAAACACUAGCCCUAUGCUACUUCAGGCGCUUCAGGCUCAACCUCCGGUUCCGGUAACGAUCUCGGCUUCACCGCCGCAGGCUAGCACAUCACCUGAGCGACUCAGCGUUCAAACCGUUCCUGCGGCUUCGGCAGCUUCCGAGCCAACAACCUCACGGACCUUAGACCCUUCCGUGAACGUUUCUGAAGCCGCUGCGGUUCCUUCCACGACGACCGCCCAGCCCUCACUACCGAGAUACGAAAAUAACGCCGGCGGAAGACCCAUUCGGAGUUUGAGAACUCCAAUGAAGGAAAUCACCACAUUGGACAGACCCGAAGAGCUGGACGAGUUUAUGGAACAGGGCGAAGAAGCUUGUAUUGCUGAUAUGAAACAAUUUAUCACACAAUACUCCCUCAGGCAGACUACGGUAGCUAUGAUGACAGGGGUAUCACAGCCGUACAUCUCGAAGCUUUUGAAUGGAAAUCAUCGAGAGUUAUCGUUGAGAUGCAGAAAGAAUAUCUAUUGCUGGUACUUGAACUGCCGGCGUCAUCCACACAAGCUUUCGGUCUUCUUUGCUGAUCCUGCAACUCGCCUGGAGACCAACGGUGACGGCGAGCUGGUUCCCCAACGAAGAGAACGUUAUGUAUUUCGCCCAAUUCUCAUCAAGAUACUCGAAGGCUUUUUUGCUCAAUCGCCAUUCCCGGACCUCAAUAAAAGAGUGGAAAUUGCUACUACCUGUAAUCAAGUUCUGCAGAUUGAAAAAAGAGGAGUUGGGCUGAUGCCAAAAGAAGUUGUUUCACCUCAAGUAGUGGCCAACUGGUUCGCGAACAAGCGAAAGGAACUGAGAAGACGUUCACAAGAAGCCAGCGAAGCUGCAGCGGCUGUAGCCACCGUAGCCAGUCAGGCGGCCACCGCAGCCAAUGCAGCUAAUGAGGAGGCAACGAGUUCUGGUGUUGGGUCAACACCUUCUCCAAUAAUGGAGGAGAGUGAACCGAUGGAUCAACAAGAGACCGAAACUCGCCCACUGGAUGUGGUGGCUCUGGCGGCUCGAUUGGGCAUCACCUUUCCGCAGCUACCAACUUCAUCUGCUGAAACCACCACCGCAUCCGAUACGCCAUUCUCCCAGGCGCUUCCGAUAGCUACCUUAGCAUCUCAGAUACUGGCAGCUAGCCAUAAUUUAGCAUGCUAUAGUAAUGACUCGCAAUCUCCCUUAGCCCUGGGUUCGCUGACAAAUCAAAUCCUACCUGGUGCUAAUUCUGCUACAGCACCACCUGUGAGCAUUAUGGAUUCGCUCAUCUCCCCCGGUUUACAGUUGCUCAACGGUCAACUGCCUGUAAUCAAUGAGCUCUGCAGUAGUGAGCAGCAGCUUGAAUCAAAUGAUCAUAGUCUGAUUCCGAUGACAUAUGACCAACUUCGUCCAACUCUGCUAAAAACAGAAACGAUGGAGUAACUUUUUUUUGUACAUAUCGGCAUUGUUGCAGUGACAAUACUGGUAAUCUGCUAUUGCAAAACUGGAGCGCUGCAGCUUCUAGUUCAAAUAUUGUUUCUUACAAAAUGCAGGUAUUCAGUAGUUGAUUAUCUGCAUCCCUUAAAAUUCGCUAAACUCGAAAGCAGCCUGCUUAUCAGGGUGGGUGUCAGCAUAUUAAUUUUGUCCUAGUCACAGAACUACAUCCUGGUAUACGAAACGUUCAAAGUCACGUCUUUCAAGACCGUACCCUACCACCAUCAAGUAAACACCGGUCUAUUUAACUUGUGUGAAUUUCGGGUUGGGAUUUCGGACAAUAUAUACGAAGUAAAUUAGAAUGCUUUUCGAAUUUCACUCCUUUUUGGAAUGCAUAAUUCAUUCGUUUAUCGCAUAAAUACUCCUUCACCAAAGAAUAUGCAUGUAUGUUUUUAUAUUGCUCCUGUUAUCAUGCAACUUUCAUUUUUGUUGUCACUGGAUACAAUGUUCGUACUACCAUUAUAAGAUAAUUGUUAAUAAUUGAGUCUCAUUAUGGAUCUUUUUCGUUCCUCGUUCACUGCAAAAUUCGUUGUGUUUGUAUUCGUGUGUGUGUGCGC